AUGGCCAUUGGCCUUAUGAUCCAGAAUAACAAGACAUCAGCCCAAACUAGGAGUCGUUUGGAGAUUGGAAACGAAAUCGCUUGUUUCCGUGAGAUAUCUAGAGCAGGAGCGAUUCUUCGUCUUGGAUUCCCUGAACUCGUAGCCAAAAGCAAGAAAAUCUCCAACAGAGAAAAUGUUCUGCUUUUGCGUUUACAUCAUAAUUGCUUAUCUACUACACCAACAGCCUAUCAACAGGUCACUCACUGGCCGUUCAUUAUGCCAUCUAACAACAGCGUUGGCCAAGCAUGGCAGGACAAUUUUCCAUCUCAGCAGGGCCUUGACCGUUUGAUAAUUUUUGGAGACCCUUUCAUUUCUUUUGUUUAUCUGUUGUUAACUGGAGAAUAUGUUUGUGUUGGAGUUGCUCAGUUGGUGCAAUGCAACGCAGCUGAUAGAGAAGCUCUUCUUGACUUCAAAAUCGGUCUUAAUGAUUCAUGGAACCAGCUAUCCUCAUGGUCUGCAGCCAUUGAACUCAAGUCCUUGAAACAUUUGGACUUGAGUGGGAACAACUUCAGUGGUAAAAUUCCUCAUUUCUUUUCCUUUUUGGAGAAUUUGCUAUAUCUAAACCUGUCAUUUGCUGGGUUUAGUGGCGCAAUCCCUCCAAAUCUUGGAAAUCUCUCUAGCUUGCAGUUUCUUGAUGUCCCUUCUUAUAGUUUAAAUGUUGAUAAUGUUGAAUGGGUGAGUGGUCUUGUCUCACUAAAACAUUUGGCUAUGAAUUAUGUUGACCUUUCAAAGGUUGGAAUAGGAUGGGUUGUGGCAUUAAACAAGCUUCCAUUUUUAGCCGAGUUGCAUUUAGCUGAGUGCGGCUUAUCCAAUUUCAUCUAUUCUCUUCCUUCUGUUAAUUUGUCUUCACUUGCAGUCCUAGACCUUCCAUCCAAUUCCAAGUUACCAAAUUGGCUUGUGAAUAUUAGCAGCCUUGUAUCUGUUGACAUCAGCGACAGCAGCUUGCCUGGAAGGAUUCCACUAGGUUUUAGUGAACUUCCAAAUUUGAAGUCACUAGAAGUUCACUAA